AGAUGUGGAGCAGGGAGAAUUGAGGAUGGAAAACUUAAUUAAGAUUAAUUUGGAUGUAAAUGGAAUCAAAGUGUACGAGUCCUCCUUCUGGAUAUUCGUGUAUAAAUGGUUCACUGAAUUAAUAAUACAAUUAGGGAGAAAAAGGGAAGAAAUCCUCGUAUUUUGGGCUGUUUUACAACAUUACACAACACAGAUAAGGGCCAAACCUUUGAGAGUGCACUGCCUUUGCUUUGUCUGGCUCUAUUUUGAUGAAUCAAGCCUAGCGCGCAGGGAUCACCCAUUGUUUAAAGUCUUAAUCUCUAGUUUGCAAACCUCUCGUCUGGAUUUAUGCAACAAGCUCGGCAAAAGCCGAGCGAAUCCCCGUUGUGGUGUUUGCAGCACGGAAACCAACAGCAGAGUUUUUACAGCAGUGUGUUUAGAGGUGUGUCUGAUGCUUCCUUAAGCUUUUUUUUUUUUUUAGAAAGAAGAGGCAUGUCUUCCAAAGCCAGCUGAAACCACAACACGCAAAUUAAUGGAGCUGUUGGAAAAAGCUCUCUUGUUAUAAUAUAUGUAUAUAUAUUAUAACAACGCUGAGCAGCCUUUCAAGAAUGCAGUGGACCAUUGCAGCACUCCCGCAGUCAUGUGAUCAAAAUUCAAGCAAUUAGCAACUGACUCCUAUUUACGACAGUUGCCGUAUCCCGGGUCGUACGAUCUGCUUUUCGACCUUCUGUCAAGCCAAGUCAAUGGGGAAGUCAGGUUCACGUAACAACCAGCCAUCCAAAAGGCAUCUGUUCCCUUAGGAGGAGAGUCAGCCUAAAUGGUGCAAUGGCUUCCUGUUCUUUGUAGGAUAUCAUGCCGGCCGAUUACAACUGAGAGCAUGCAGAGGCCCAGGCAGCACCAGCGGGGCAGGUGUGUGACAGCGUGGGCGCUGCUCUAAUCGCUGGGCGCACUACAAUAUGGGCCAGUGCGUCACCAAGUGCAAGAAUCCUUCUUCCACUCUGGGUAGCAAAAAUGGCGACCGGGAGGCCCACGGCAAAGCUCACGGGAAGCGGAGCACCAAUCACAAGGAGGAACUCAACCUGGUGGGCAGGAAGCCCUCUGGAGAUAUUCUGGUCAACGGGACGAAGAAGGUAGAAGCUGCUAUAGAAUCCAACCAGCCUCCCACUUCCUCUGGAGAUGCCCGGAAAGAGCCCGUCUCGGGCUCCGAAGAAUCGUUCCUUCACAGAACUGAGGAAUUGUUCAGGAGAUACAAGGACGAGCGAGAAGACGCCAUAUUGGAGGAAGGCAUGGAGCGUUUUUGCAACGACCUCUGUGUUGACCCCACAGAAUUCAAAGUGCUCGUGCUGGCUUGGAAAUUCCAGGCGGCUACUAUGUGCAAAUUUACACGGACGGAGUUCUUUGAGGGCUGUAAAGCAAUAAAGGCAGACUGCAUCGAUGGGAUUUGCGCCCGGUUCCCCGGCCUCUUGACCGAAGCGAAGCAAGAAGACAAGUUCAAGGACCUCUACCGGUUCACGUUCCAGUUCGGCCUGGACUCGGACGAAGGCCAGCGGUCACUCCACCGGGAAAUAGCCAUCGCUCUCUGGAAGCUGGUGUUCACCCAGAACAAGCCUCCCAUUUUGGACCAGUGGUUACACUUCUUGACCGAGAACCCUUCGGGUAUUAAGGGCAUCUCCCGAGACACCUGGAACAUGUUCCUUAAUUUUACUCAGGUCAUCGGGCCGGACCUCAGCAAUUACAGCGAGGAUGAGGCCUGGCCCAGUCUCUUUGACACUUUUGUGGAAUGGGAAAUGGAGAGGCGGAGGAAGAGGGAGGAAGAAGAGGGUCCCACGCACCUGGAGGACUUACAGACAGGGUCCCCGUGUACAGACCAUCACGCGGCCUAGCAGUUCAGCAGCGGCAGUUGCCCCCCCCCCGUUCAGCCCCCUCACGGCCCAUAAGCUCUGAACUCCUCUGGAAUUUACAGAACUUCUCCAGAUUUUUUUCUACUUUACACCUUUCUCUGCCUUGUAUUUCGAAAGGGCUUUAAAAUGCUGUAUCCAUAUUUUAGGCACUUUCUUUAAAAAUUGGGUUUACUCCUCUUUCUUCUCUCCUCAACAUGUUUCCUUCUUCCCUCCCCUCCCCUCCCCUCCCCUCUGGUUGCGAGUUAAAUGGUUUUUAUUUCAAAAACGGCUUCCCACCCGUUAUACUUCUUCUUUGCCCCAGGCGACACAACUUUCAAAGAAAAAGAAAUGUAUAUUUUUUUUUUCCUCUCCUUUCCCCCCCCCCCUGGUGAGGUUAAAUUAACAUCACUAAAUUAUUACAGUGCCAGACUGAAGUUCUGCAUAUUUUUUUUCUUUUUUUAAAAAAAAAACAGAGCAGGCCUAUACUGUGUGUAGUGCUGUUUACACGGUUGACUUUUUUUUUAAGGUUGUGAUCAUUUUAAGAUUUAUACCAUGGUUGAUAACUGUUAAAGACAAAUGCGGUCAAAAUUCCCAGGCAAACAAAACUAUGUUGAAAGCCAAUGAAAGCAGCAUUGUACUGUCCUCGUUGUGGUUGAUUUGUAGCAGGGCUGAUUUUGGUUGUGAAGUUAGCAUCUAGGCCAGUGUUUCUCAACCUUGACAAUUUUAAGGCAUGUGGACUUCACUCCCAGAAUUCCACAGCCAGCAUUGCUGGCUGUGGAAUUCUGGGAGUUGAAGUCCACAUGCCUCAAAAUUGUCAAGGUUGAGAAACACUGAUCUAGGCAGAAAGGGAUAUAUAUACCGGUCCUGCCUGCCAGCAGGUCAUUUGAUCAACCUUUAUUGGCCAUCGUAGAGCACUAACACCCAAGAUUCUCAAAGAAGGUGAGAAUUCGCAAUGGGUCCCUUCUCCCUUCAAAUUAUCCUCUGUUUGCUCAUUUUCCAGGAAAAGGUGGUAAGGCAGGAUUUCUCCAUACGUGGCAACUUUAAGACUUGUGGACUUCAGUUCCCAGAAUUCCCCAGCCAGCGUGGAAUCCUGGGAGUUGAAGUCCAGGCGAUCUUAAAAUUGCCAAGGUUGGGAAACACUGUUGUAAGGCUUUUCACAUAGAAAUCUCCAGCCCAAAUAAGGAGAAUAAAGAGGGCUUCCCCCCCCCCCCAAACAGGGAGACCUUUUCGGUUGUCACCGUUUUUCUCUGAUUUUAGCCCCCUCCCUCUGAAAGAAAAACCACACUAUCCCAAAAGGGACAUUUAACUACCAAAUGUUGGCAUCGUCAUCUUGAAUGUUUGGGGUGACUUUUAAGAUUUGUGGAUGUCAACUCCCAGAAUUCCCCAGCCAGCAUGGGGAAUUCUGGGAAUUGAAUUGAAUUGAAGUCCACACACCUCUAUAGUUGCUAAGGCUGAAAAAGCACUGGCCUUAGACCAGAGGUAAGCAACCUGGGCUCUUUCAUGACUCGUGGACUUCAACUACCAGAAUUCCUGAGCCAGCCAUGCUGAGGGGAGAGGGAGAGGUUUCCAAGCUGAGCCAUGCUGGCUCUGGAAUUCUGGGAGUUGAAGUCCACCAGUCAUAAAAGUCGCCAAGGUUGCCUACCCCUGCCUUAGACCCUAAGAAGGUGGUGUACAUUUCUUGGCAGCUUGAAUGGUUUGAAAUAGAGGGGGGGGAUUGUUGCUUAUUUACCCAGAAUUUUCUGCCCCACCAAGAUAGGUGGGGGGGAGCAAAAAAAAAAAACCCACACACCUUCCUGUUUGCUAAAGAAACUAUCUUCAUACAACAGGCUUGGGAAUAUCCUUAAUGAUCUCAUUCAAAGCAAUGUACCUGAUGAGUAAAUUCCAUCAGAAUGCAGGCAAAACUGUUGAGGUUUUAAUUUGCUAACAGCUGGCUGGGUGGGAAAGAGAAUGGUUCCUAAUAAACAAAUACUUGAAAUUCACAUCCUCUCUCAGCGGCUGAGAGCAGAGAGUGGCACCCCUUUGUGUUUCUUUUAACGACUGCAUUAAAGUUCCUUUUCCAAAAUUGCACCAGCA